AUGUGUAUAAUAUAUAAAAAAAUAAAUAAUAAUUAUGCCAAGUAAACGUGAGAAAUCAUUGGUUCCUACAGAGGAACUUAUAAAAAAUAUAAACGAGCUAAAAAAGAAAAUUCAACUUUCUGAAGGACAAAAAAAAGCCCAAUACGAAGAAUGCGAGGAAGAAAAGAAAAAAAACAACGAGAAGAUUCAAAUGUUGAAGCGUGACAUUAAAGAAAUGUACCAAAUCAAAAGACAAGAAUCCACAUGUGUAGACGCAUUACCAGAUGCAAAACCACAUGAAAAAAUCAGAAUUUUAAAGAGAAAAAAGUAUCACGAAGCAAUAGAUAUUUUGGAUUUAAAAUUGAUCGACAUGAAAAAAAAAACAGAUCUAAUUAGACAUGAUAUCAAACAGAAAAGGAUCAAAUUGAACGACUUGUUCGGAAAAUGGAGUGAUGGGCGGUCAAAGGUUGUUUCUAAUAUAGACAAGGAUUCAAAUACGACAAAAACGCUUUCGGCACUUGAAAAUCGAUCUCAUCAAAUCGAAAUGAGUCGAAUGGAAGCGUCACAUGUGACACGUAAAUAUAGAUCUAUAAGAAAUCGACUUUUGGAAGACUCGGUAGUGUUUGAUUCCACAUUGAAUAAAUUAGAAAAAACAAUAAAAACACAACAACGUGAAAUUCAACGAUUAGAAAAAAUCAACGAAGAAGCCAUCAAAUCAAGGGAUAAGACCAGAUCAGUAUUGCAGAAAAAAGAAACUAACGCAGCUAAUAUAGCGAAAUUUCGUAUGAAACAAAUAGAACAAAUUAGAGCACAAGUAGAAGAAAGAAAAACGGAGUUAGAAAAAUUGGAACGAAAAAUAUUUCCACCGGGACAGAGAGCUACACAUCAAGAUUCAAUUCCUAGUUCUUCGGAAGAACAGCGGCUUGGAGAUAAUGGAUCAUCGGAUAGUCAAGAAAUUACUGACAUGCCAUAUUUCAAACUGAAACAAGUUACUGGUUCAAUUGAUAGUGAAGACGUACGAAGAAAGUUUGUAUCACAAAAAGAAACUAAAGAUAGAUUAACUACUUUGAAAACUAAUACUGAAAAUCAAAAAAAGGAUCUCCAAAUCAAAUGCCAACAACUUAAUGAGGAAUUUGAACAAUGUCGAUUCUCCGAUGCUCAAGACAAAGAACAGAAUGACGAAGAAACUGAAAAUCUCAAGUUUAAAAUUAUCGAAGAAACAGAUAGACUCGAACGCUUACAAAAAGACAAGUCUGAAUUAUCAAAUCAAAUUGACUCAACGCUAUUAAGACUAUACGACAUGUGCCUUGCAUUAAAAGAAGCAGACAGCGCACCAGUACCAGAUAAAUGUCCAAGUAUUGAUAAAGCUGAUUGGUUAAUAUGUCUUUUACAAACCAAAUAUGAGAAUGUAAUAAAAAGUCGUGGAGCUGUAGAUAAAGAUCAACGUAAUGUGAAUGGAAGGAUUAAAAACAACGAUGUGGCAGUACUGUGGUCAUUGGAAGACAAUGUCAUAGAAUUAGCGAACAAGGAUGAAGAAGAAAAACCUGUUCCCAAUAGAUAUUUAAUCAAGAAACAAGCACAAAUCAUGGUUGAUUCUAAGAGUAAAAAAAAGGGAAUUAAAACAUCAAAAGGAACAACGCAAAAAAUUUGACCAACUACCUAAAUUUGAGACUAUAUAGAAUUAUAGAAUAUAACUUGUAAAAACCAACGUGAUAAAGCAUUUUGCGUAUUUGAUGCUAUUAUUCAUGUUUGUUACAGCAUUUAUUAGUCACGAGUAUCACAUAAUGUAGAUAGUUGAAAUAAAUAUAUAACAUAAGACACACACCUGAUAAGUAAUUGAAA